AUGAGCUGUGCAAGUAACUCAAAAGCGCUAUGCGUAUUGCUGGGAUUUCAGCAGGAGAUUCGUGAGUUCAUUGGAAAUGCAGAACAGUGCAACUUGUCCAGCGCAUCGCGUUGGUUAUAUUGGUCGACUCAAAACAUCAAACACAAAGUUUUGUGGCCGAAAAAUGAGGAAUUUGACAAUUUAUCGAAGCGUCUCUAUAGUCGACUGCGAGGGACAAAUGGAGAUGACAGGAUAUACAGGAAGAGGACUAGAACAAAAUUAAGUCUGGCUCAUGUGCGCUCUCUUCUUCUCGAUGUGUUAUGUGUGAUUAGCGGACUACGACCGUCGUGUCUAGUGGACUGCUGCACACUAACAAAGGAGCUGGUGAAACUUUUGCUUGACUUCUUUGCCGACGAAGACGAUAAGCGUUUUUUUUACGGUGAAGUCGGUCACAUUCGUGCGGUAAUGCUUGAUGGUAACGUCUUUUUUGUGAACGUGGGAGCUUUUGUCCGCGAACAAAUGGUCUCGGGAUUGCAUAUCGACAUUAUAGACGUUAGUCCCAACUUGACCCGACCCAGACGCCUGAGCCAGACUUCCAGAACCGACACUUUGAGGCUGAAGGCGUUCGCAGACGGAACCUUAAGCUUUUGCAAGCAGCUGUUGUCGUCAACUUCUCAAGUGCUGGAGUGGACUCGACCACUUCAUUUUAAUCCAACAGCAUUAGCCGGCUUGUUGCUGUGCUAUCCAUGCGUGUACGACAUGUCAGGGAGCAGUAAUGAGACUUUUGAAGGGUGGCACAAGCAGGACAACUGCUUGGCCAUGUGUCCACUUUAUAUGCUGCAAAUGGUGGUGCUGUUGUCCGAACAAGAGCACAAAGAAAUCGUGCUGUACAAGUUUUCGGUACCGCAGCACUUGAUUAACGACCGUUACGACGGAAAACAGGAACAAAACCCUCAUUUCUCCUCUUUGAAUCUACUUCGAGCGCGUUGCUUGAUACAGCUGCAACGAUCUAUCGAUCAGAGCUGCUUAGCUCCCACCCUUCAGGCUCACGUACGUGUUGACACCUUGUAA